AUGUCGGCAUCUCCACAGCCAGCAGAUUUAGUCGUUAGUCAACUAAACACUGCGAAACAGUUGACUAUCUCACAACCGGAAAUCUUUGUCACGGUUUAUAAACAAAUUUUGCCCAUCAUAAACAAUCCGAAUCAGGUAUAUCCAGUAAGGCAAUGGGGUGUUCACUUUAUGUAUGAUACCUUUAUCAACAAUAUCAAUUCUAGUUUGAAGAGCAACGAAAGAGUAGAGUUGGCGAUCGAUUCUCUAGAUGCCUUGAUCUUUCUAAUUGACCUACCUACUAAUUUACAGCACCAGCAUCAACAAUUACAGCAGCAGGGACAACAAAGCAAGAUCCAAACUCAACAUCUCGAUGUCGAUACUUUUCGUCAAUUGAUCGAUAUCUCGACCAUCGUUUAUAAAUUGGUGUUUCGUUAUGUUAGUGAGAAUGAUAAUUGCAACCAAAUAUGGAGCAAGCUAACCGAGUUGAAAAACUCUUUGGUCAAUAAGUUUCAAACACCUUACCCUUUGGAAAAAGCCGAUAGCGAUGAAAAUGAUUUAAAGAGGAAUAUUGGCACAAAAUUGGACCUAUUGAAGUUUUUGAUGACUGUUAUCGAUUUUCAGUCGAAAACCCAAAUAAUCGGAGAGCCCAUAAAUGGAGGUGGAAAUGGUGGUGGUGGAUAUUCGUUGAAUAACGUGCGUCCCGAUCAUUCUUUGAUCAAAUACCAAAACAUGGAAUACGAGGCAAGCACGUUAUUCUCCUUGGUGUUAAAAGUUUUCCUGUUGGAUAUAAUUAUACCACCAUUGGUAACGGCUACUUUAAAUCAUAGUGUAACCAUUUUGAAAAAGAAACCUCAACUUAUAACCCCUUUGUUAAAGGCAAUUGAGAAUUAUGAUACAAAUAGUAAGCUACAAUCUAAUUACCAAAGUUUGGAACUGUACAAGCUUGCUAAAAAGUAUGUUGAUCGAAGUAUUCGAAUACUCAUUAGCUUUGCCAAAAAAGCCGGAUUAAUACCCAGUGCUUUUAAAAGUGUACUUGAACAAAAGAUGAAUCUAUUGCUCGAUAGAGGGAAUGAACUUCGGAAAAUGAACAUUUUCAAUAAAGAAGAGCCCAAUGUUCGGAAAAGAAAAUUUGAAGGGUUUUAUAGUGCUUCUAAAAAGAUCAAAGUAUUGGAUUAUGCCCAUUUGUAUACAUUAUUGGGAAGUAAUGAUCCGUUGAACAAGUUUGACAUUAGUGCAAUUGCCAACUCCGGUAUGGUUGCAACGAUGGUAUUGAAUGCAUUGCGCAAAGCUUCAGUGCAAAGACUAACUAAAGCAUUGGAGAUUGUUGGUGAGAGGUACAAGGAUGCGGUGUCUAAACCAAUACACCCUGUUGUUUCCAUAAAGAGAGAAACCGAUUCCUUAGAAGGGUUUGGGACCGGAAAACGUGUAGGUACAACAGUGGAAGAUGGGGUGGAAGAAGAAGGAAGAAAAAAGAUAAAGAGAGAGAAGAAAGAAUAUGAUAAAAAGGGAAAUGGGGCAGACGAAGAAGACGAAGAAGAUGCUUUUGAUGAUGAUUUUGAUGAGGAGGAGGAUGGAUUUGAUGAGGAUGAGUUUAAAGAUGAACCAUUGUUUUCGUUACCACCACCAAAGGAUUUGUCGUUUGAGGACAAAAAGAUCCACUUGUCAAUAAUAAUCGAUAAUUUCUUCAAAUUGGCAAAAGCACCUCCUGUUAUGACCAAGAACAAUGGUAUUUCAAAGGAAACGUUACAACUUAAAAGCCAAGGAGAAGAAGAGCCUAGUAUAAGCGAGCAAUUGAAAGAAGUUGCUAUUAAAUCAUUUAACAAAGAUACUUGGGUUCUUUUGUUGACGAGAUUAGCCACUCGUGGAAUGCGAACCAAAGCUGAAGAAGAUGGUGUUUUAGAGAAAAGUCCCGAUGAUGAAAAUAGAAGCGAAAUGAGUAACAUGAUACGAGAUGCGCUAUUCAAUUAUUUUGUAGAGAAUAUUCACUCAAGAGUUGAUGUGGUAAUUGAAUGGCUAAGUGAAGAAUGGUUUAGUGAGCAAGUUUUCCAACAAGAUCGUUUAUUACUGAAGACGGAUAAAACGGUUUUCCAAGUUUCAACUAAUGAAGUAUCUACACCAAUAUAUGACAAAUGGGCAAACAAAGUGCUCGAUGCAACAAUCAAUUACAUAGAACCAAGUGAUAAGAAGAUAUUCAUUCGAUUAUUAAGUGAUCUACCGGCAUUAAACAAAGAGAUGUUGCAUAAGAUCAAAUCAUUAUGCUAUGAUCCUGCUCGUUCAAACAUUGGGUUUUUGGCGUUGCAGUUUUUGGCCAUGUAUCGACCUCCCGUGAAGGAAAUCUGUAUUGAUAUUUUGAAGGAAUUGAAGGAAAGUGAUCAAGAGGAUUUAAAGGAAGAGGCUGAAAAGAAAUUAGCAAGACUUUAA